AAGGAAUAAAAUAUUUAAACAUAUUGUUUUUAAGGCAUUUUCCAGUAUUCGGUAUCUACUACAAACAAAUAUAUGCUAGAGAGUAAUUUUACAAAUGAUCGGAGACAGGAGGUAAAACUGAUGAGAACGAGAAGUGGGUGUGUUGGAGACAGACGUGUAUGAAUAAAGUCUCUACUGUUGCCGAUGCAUAAACUAGGCGAAACUCUGAGCAUUGUGUCAAAUCUCCGCUGAAAAUAAAAAUUCCUAGAGUUGCUAUUGGGAAAGAGAAAAUGAGAAUGUAGAGGCAUUUGCACCAAUAGCAUGUUCAAGCACCAAGUUUGCUUGUUAUAUGCAUUUUCCCAGUAGAUGGCAUUUGACAGCCACUACAAACUUAUCUUGGGUAAUUAGGGGAAUGCAGCGAAAAAGUUAAAAUCUCACUUAUGUGGCAAAGUGAUAUUCCAGCUAUUUCACUGCACACGUACCCGAGUAGCAAAGGGAAUGCACUCAAAAAGUUGAAAUCUCACUCUGGUAAAUCAAAAAAUGUUUUUUUUUAAGCUGCAAGAGUGAGAUCAUUGGGUUGCAAAAACAUUGUUUUAAAUAAUAAUUUUAUUGUGGGAAUGCUGGAUUGUACCUGAGAGAGAAUCCCAGAACAGCCCGGGCUUGUGGUCACCGCCGGCCCGGGCCCGGGCGCUGCGUCUCCCCGGCUACCGUUGCUAUGAUACGGCGGCCUGCGGCCCAGGGAACAAGCCUCACGCCAGGCCCGUCCCCCGGGGUUAGUGUGAGGAUGGAGGGAGACGUGGACGCGGACGAAGAGGUGACCCGGGGCCUGAGGCAGCAGUUCCAAGCCCUGCAGGAGCAGCAGCAGAGGAGGCUGGAGAAGAUGCUGGCCGCCAAGAAGGAGCAGGCUGCCAGCCAAGCUGCACCUGACCGCCAGGAUCACGAUGACUUGAAGCUGCAUCUGGUGGCGCCCCAGCCGGCCAGCAUCCACGUUGCUACCAGCUUGUUGGAAAAUGAGAACGAACAGCUGCAGGAACAGAUCCUGGAACUGAGGAAUGAGAACGGCCGGCUCUACAAACUCCUCAGUGAGAGGGAUUACGAAGUCAAAUACCUGAAGAAAAAAAGGGAAGAAGAACGACUUGCCCUGGCAGAGACUGUUGGCAUGACAAGCGAUGUAGCUGCAAGCAAAAUGGUCGAGUUGUCAAAGAGGAACCGUGAGCUGACUGUGGAGAACGAAAGCCAUAAAUCAAAGGUCAAGCAACUGAGCAACAAACUGCAUGAGCUGGAAAAGGAGCUUCAAACGUAUCUAACGGGCAACCAAACACUCAGUGUCAAUGAAGCAUCUGGACAAACCAACAAGAAGUCAUCUCCCAAGAUACAGAAUGAAUCGUUGUUUGACAGUAUUGACGUGAAAACUCUUCAAGAUAAACUUUCAGCAGUUAACCUUAAGCUGGUUGAAUCCCGGAACCAAAUGCUGAGUGUUAAACAAGAGCUGAAAGUGGCACACAAGAUUUUGAGUAAUGAAGUGGGUGACGAAGUGAACAUACAACAUUUGCUGAAUAACAAGGGCUCUUGGCGUGGCCGAGCCCAGCAGAUCCUCACCUUGCAGAAGAAGAUUAGAGAUUUGGAAAGUCAAAUCGGGUCAAAUAUGCAUAAGGAGCAAUCAUCUGAACCUAGUGUUGAAGAGGAAAUGCUGGGUUCUUCUGGUAUCCGACGUCUCUCGAACCAGGAGAAAAAUGUUGCGCACAUUCGGGCAAUGGAGAGAGAAAGAAAGGAAGCUUUUGAGAGAAUGACUGGUGACUAUGAGAAGCUGAAAAAAGAUCACGAGGAUCUCAAGAGCAAAUUCGAUGGAUCAAAAGCAAGAAUCCAGGUUCUGUCCAUGGAGCUGAAAACUCUAAAGAGUCAAGUGGUAACACUUCUCCAGAAAGGAAAGCAUGAUGAUGAACUUGUUGAUGCAUUGCUGAAACAGCAGAAGCAAAUGCAGGAACUUCUAGCUCAUGCGAAUGAACAGGGUUCGAAGGGCAAGGAAAAUACGAGCCAGCAUCUGAACGUUGAAGCUCAGAAGCAGGACUUCCUGAUUGGAGAGCUGAAACAGUUGGUAACUGAGCGGGAAGCCAAGGUGAAUGAUCUUGAGAAAGAGAUCAGACAGCUACUGCUAAAGCAACAGCAGGAGAAGAAAGUGUUAGCUGAUCAGCCAGUGGUAAAUCCCACUCAUUCCCACCCUUCCUCAGCUCAACUGGACACUGACAGUGGCUUGUCAGUACCGGAUUCUCUGACGGCUGAUGGUGAACUCUCAGGAAGACCAAUAUCUGCCUGUUCGGUAUCCAAAAUGGGUCACAUCCUGAUCGAGUCUGCUGCUAUGCGAUCACGCUCAGGAACUCCUAUAGGAAGAACUAACAGUGUGAGUCAGAUUGAUGUGAAACCUCUGCAGUUACAGUGCACAGAGUACAAGGCUUUAUAUCACGCUGCAGAAGUGGAAAAGGAUAAACUAACAGAGCUAGUAACUAUCCUGCAGAAGAGGUUAAAAGAUAGCAAUGACAAGAUUUUGGAUGUUGAGCAGAAGUUUCAAGAACAGCGACGGUGGUCUGUGACUUUAGAGCAACAACUUGGAAAAGCCAAGCUCGAUAUGGGAAAGAGUCAUGACGUUAACAAACUCACCAACAAGAACAAAACAAGUUUGUCCAUCAAUACCAGCCUUCUAUGUGGCAGUGGUGACCUGUCUCCAGGGAAAUCUUCAGCCUUAAGUUUGGAGACACAACUGGAAGAACUGAAUAUAAGACUCGCCAUACAGAUGGACGAGAACAAGGCCUUAAAGAUGGGUUUGCAAAGCAGCUUACAAGCCAAAGAAGAAGAUCUGAAAUUGUACCACGACAUGUUGAGCCAGGUGAAGCAGGUCUUCCUACAAGCUCUUCGACAGCACAAGGAAAAUAAUUAAAUCCACUACUUCAGCCCGAACAAUGUUCCUUGAGUUUGGUUUGGAGGUAUCUAAAAUAUCUAGCAUUUGGAGAACAAACAAUCAAAAGAGGAAAGAACAAAGAAAGCCUGCUCAAGAACAUGUCACUGAGAACCAAGACAUGCAGAUGCUGGAAAUCUGAAAUCAACCUGACCUCUGAGUAUCUCUGUGUAGAAAGGAGCUGCAGAUGCCGAAAAUAGACACAAAGGGCUGGAGUAACUCAGCAGGUCAGGCAGCAUCUCCAGAGAAAAAGGAUGUGGUCAGAAGAAGGAUCCUGACCCAUAACGUUACCCAUUUAUUUUCUCCAUAGAUGCUGCCUGACCUACUGAAUUACUCCAGCACUUUGUGUCUAUUCUCUGAGCAUCUCUGACAGUUUCUGUUUUUUAUUUUCGUAGUACGUUAUCUUGAACUGUUGCAAACUAGACUGGGUUAAUUGGGUGACUAUAUGCAGCUAUUUGCCUCGCUCCUGUCUUUUAUAUCUCAAAUGACUUGAGCAGAUCAAUGCAGGAUGACAAAUGAGGCGUGCUACUCAAAUCAUAGACAAUAGACAAUAAGUACCAUUCGGCCCAUCUGUGGUCCCUCCCCCAUCUCCACAAUGACUUGCAAUGUUUUUGUUUUAUCCUCCAGCCAAAAGCUUUUUCCAAGUGUUCAUUGAUCAUACCAGAGGCAUAAGAAAUGCAUUGAACAAUGAAAAGCACACACUGGCAUUAGCAGAGGCUGGCACAAUGGUUCUUAAGAACAGUAGCUUUUGAACUGGAAUUAUCGUUAAAGUUAACUCAAAGCCUCAUUUAUCAGCUUGCAAUCUCAUGUGUAUAUUGUACCACUUCACUUGGUCUGAGGAAAGUAGACUUUAAAUAUAGGAUAUAUAUCUUUUUAUAUUUCCUAAAGAUGGAAGAGACCAGCAGAUUUAUGUUCUCAGAGCGAUCUCAGAUUUUAAAACCUAAAAAUGAUAGGAGUUAUUUCCAACACAGUUUGCACAUACAGAACUUCUUUUAAAAAAAUGUUUUAGAGGAGCCAUGACACCGAUCUCUGCACUUACUUUCUAGGUUUCUAGGUUAAUUAGCUUGGGUAAAAAUUGUAAAUUGUCCCUAGUGCGUGUGAUAGUGCUAGUGUAUGGGGUGAUCACUGGUCGGUGCGGACUCAGUGGGCCGAAGGGCCUGUUUCCGCGCUGUAUUUUUAAAGUCUGAAGUCUACAGAGAAGCUUACAGGGCAAACCUGGUAAGAGUAGGUUGGCACUAAUCCAGUAGCCUCAUUCCUUGUGGGGCAAGGUUGGACUGCAUUAUACAUGGACACUCCUUCUUGAGUUGCCGGGGGAUACGUUACCGCGGGAGCUCUGAUUGAUAUGUGGUCCAUUUUGUGCUGGUCCAAAUGGCAGGAGAAAAUCAUUUUCCCAGCAUCACUUCCCUUCAUCUCAAUGAAGACUUGUACAUUCAGAAAGAAUGCAGGUAACUUUCUGAAAGUAAAUGUGCAAACACGCUAACCUCUUUUGGAAAUAAAUAUGUCUUUGUACUCU